UCCCAGGGAUUCGAGAGAGCGGAACGUUAUUACACGGAACGUUCGAUCAGCGCGUGUGCUCCUUCCGGGUCACUGUUGUGGCUGGGAGACUGGUCUUUAAGUGCGAAUAUUAACAUUGGGAGGGAGAGUGCCGAGUGCAAAUGGCGAUGUUCUGCAUCCACAAAUGUUUGAAAUGUGGUCUAAGGAAUCAAAUACUGCAACAGAGAGGUCUAUCUGUGUACACGUCUGUUUAUAGAGUGAAUGAAGAUGACAUAAAGGAAAAACUUCAGCAACUUCCUGGUGGAUCCAUUGAUUUGCAAAAAGAUCAAAAUGGAAUUGCUACCCUGAUUAUUAACAACCCUGAACGGAAAAAUGCAUUUUCUGGAACAAUGAUGUUAGAUUUCCGGGAUAGGGUAGAGGAGCUGGAGCACUGGACUAAUGGAAAAGGUCUUAUCAUGAGAGGUGCAGAGAACACAUUCUGUUCUGGCUCUGAUCUAAGUGCAGUUAAAGCGAUGUCAAACCCUGAGGAUGGGUUGAGCAUUUGCAUGUUUAUGCAGAACACCUUGACAAGGCUUCUGAGACUACCUCUGAUCAGUGUAGCUUUAGUCCAGGGGAAGGCCCUAGGAGGAGGAGCAGAAGUUACUACAGCCUGUGAUUUCCGGCUUACGACUUCAGGAAGUGAGAUUCGCUUUGUUCACAAACUCAUGGGAUUGGUACCAGGGUGGGGUGGAGCAACCAGACUGAUUAAAUUGAUUGGCUAUCGAAAUGCUCUUAAACUACUGAGCAGUGCCCAGCCGGUGAACCCAGCAACUGGUCUCAAGAUUGGUCUUGUUGAUGAAAUUUUAACAUCCACUGAUGAGGCUGGCUGCCUUGAAGAGGCAGAAAACUGGCUGAAUCAAUACACAAAUGGAUCUUCACAAAUCAUUAGAGCCAUUAAGAAUGUUGUGGUUUCGGGGAGAGAACUGUCACAAGAAGAAUCACUAAAGAAUGAAAAGAGUAUAUUUGGUACUCUGUGGGGCUCUCCUGCCAAUCUGAAAGCUUUGGCUCAAAAUAUCAAACAUAAUUAGUGUCAAUCUAAUAUAGCAGUCUAGAUUAGCCUCUACUGUUACUUCAAAUUGAAUUUGAAGCAUAAAAACUGUGUGGAAGGUGGUACUUUUCCUAUGAGCAAGAGCUGAAGACAAUAUUCCACCUAGGAUGAAAUGGUGUUUUUAAUUUAAAAAUAUUGUAAAUGUAAGUCAAAAUAUGCCUUAACUUAUGUGUACAGUUCAAAAAUUACUUUAGGCUAUAAAGUACUAAGGUGUCCUCAGGAUGUAUAAAACACUGCAAACUGUUUUGUUUGUUUCUUUCAGUCAAGUCUAGUAACCAUGAAACCUACUGUAUAAAUGUAUCUAAAUUCUUAUCCUCUCAUUAAUUUAACUUGGUCAGUAUAGCUCCAUUUCCAUAGCAAUAAAUCAGUACUGGUAACAGUCUAAGUCUAUUAUUUACAAUAAUUUCUGCUUGGAGCUGGAAGACAACUCAUUGACAAAAUGGAAAAAUUGCAUAACCUGCACUCCGUUCAAACCAUUUUGGAAAAAGGCUUGAAUGUCCAGAUGAAGUCCUUUUUUUUUUUUUUUGCUUAAGUGUGGGAAUCAUAUUCUACAUUUGUAGGAGAUGUCUAGGCAAUUUGGAUUCCCUCAAACAGCUGUAAACAUUUAAGUUGUAGACACAAACUAUAAUUCUUGAAGAAUAAGGGGCAAUAUCACUUGGAUACUGAAAGGGUUUGAGAGGGUAGCUGCUGGAAGGUACUCCUAGCUUUAAUCCAGCAUUCAAUCACACCUUAUCAUUUGGCAGUCACUUGAACUGAAAUAUGGAAGCUUCUACAAGGGAAGGGUUACGAAUCUAUUGACCACAAGAGGAUAUGAUUACUCAGUCACUGAACAUAUUUAAAUCUGAAUUCAAUACAUUUUUGGACACUAAUGGAAUAUGGAAAUAAGGAGAGUGGAGUUGCUGUAUAAUCAUUUAUUAGAGUAAGAAUCUUAAAUACUGUUUUUCUUUAGAACCAAUUAAUUUUAAAAACUAAACUUGUUUUAGGUGGCUGUUUAGAAAUUGUAAUUUCUAUAGAAUAAAGUUUUCACAGUACUCAAUCAGGAAUGACUGAACAAGACGUGGUUCUUUCUCCCAAAGGAGAGAAUGAGUUUUUCUUAAAGCAAUUAUAAAAGGGUUUUGCAGGACAGAUAUGGUAAAGGAAGGAAGAGUGACUACAGCUAGGGGACCAUAAUAUAGUUACCAACUAAAUCCAACUUGGAAUUCAGGAGAAACUUCUUUGCAAGAAUAAUUUGAAUUUAGAACCCUACCACAUGAAGUUGAAGUGAGUGCGUUAAUAUAUUUAAAGGAAAAGCUAGAUAAACAGGUUACACUGAUGGUGUUAGAUGAAGGAUUAGAAUAGGACCUGAUGGAGCAUAUACACUGGCACAAGGAGGGGUACUAUUUGUGCUGCAAAUAUAUGAUUUUGGAACUGGAACAACUUAAUAGCUUCAUUUGCAAACACAAUAAUGGCAUAUGCAAGAUAACUGCAAGCACAGAUUAUCAUGUCACAUUAUUUAUUAAUGACUUGGAUAAUGGAAUAGAAAGUCAUCUAUUCAAAUUUGCUGAAGAGACAAAGUUAGGUGGCACAGUAGGUCAUGUAAAUGAUAGAAUAAAAUUGGAAAAGGAUAUUGACAGACUAGGGGAGUGGCAAAACAGGCAGAGGGACUUGAAUGUAAAUAUGAAGUUAUCCAUUUUGGGUUUUAAAAAAGGACAGAUCAGGGUACUUCCUAGAUCUUUAAAAUGCCAAAAGCAGGUGAAGAAAAUCAAAGAAAGCUCAUGGAAUUCUGACCUUUAUAUAUCUAGAGGACUGGAGCAUAAAUUAAAGUAAAAACCCUGGUUAAACCCCACUUGGAGUACAGAGAGAUAACAGGCUCAAGGGGCUGAAUGGCCAUUCACAUUCCUAUAUCAGACAAUAAGCUGGUCUCUCAAUACUUUCAGACAGUCCUAUGGUAUCAAGUGAAAAUUUGUGUGAAUUUCAUAUGUACUGAAAAUUCCAUAAUCUGUGCAAGUUACACCAAUAUCAGGCACUUCGCACUAAAGCAAAAUUGAAUGGAAUCUCAAAACCAUACGAAGUACUUUAACAAAUAAACCUGCAGUACCUUGAACAUUCAAAAUAACUCACUUAUUAGUUUGGAAAUUAUCCUAAUGUCUUCACUCAGUGCAAUUAGAAAAUAUUCAGAUACAUCAUGAACUCAGCACUUUGACUCAACUACCUGAUUCAUCUGAAAGAGAAAUGUAAGGCCAUUAGUUAGAAGAAAUCACAAUGCCAGCGUUAAUUU